AUGCUGCAUCUAAAGAUUCUAAUGAUUUUCGAAAUCAUAAUAUUUUGGGGAUCUUUUAGCUUUGGAAUUCCCGGGGACAAAGCUUUAAUUAUUGGAGCGUUGAAACCUCCGUCCUUCAUUUCCAUCAAAGAAAUACCAAACAAUUCUGCGAGUUCUUUUGACAAUUUUACACUUAAAUUUACACCGGAAAUCCCUUUAAUCUUCAGUCUGGCAUCUGAUCCAAAGAACUCGGUAGUUUUUGCAGCCAUUAUGAAUGGUAUUUAUAUUUUCAAGAAUUUUUCUAUUUUGCAAAACUCUGUGAUAGAAUUGCCAACUGAGUACAGAGGUAGAUCUAUAGCAUAUGGACAGAUCGCAUUUGACUUUGUAUCAAACAAUAUGUAUUGGUGCGAUUCCUUGCUUAAUUGGAUUGCUAUGAAACCAGCGUACAGUUUCAAGAACACGAUAUAUAAAGUCAUAAUUCACAAGGACUUGGUUCUACCCGAAGGGCUGGCUGUGGAUCCAGAGGAUGGAUUAAUAUUUUUUUCUGACAAUGAUCACAAUGCACGGAUCGAGAAAGCUUUCUUAGACGGUCAAAACAGAGUGAGCAUUGUAUACAAAGGACUGUCAAAAGUUUCGUCCCUAACUGUAGACACAGCAAACAAUAAACUCUACUGGGCAGAUUCAAGUAGACUCACCUUGGAGGGCUGUAAUUACGAUGGGUCAAACAGAAGAGUGAUAAGACGCUUGAACGAUGUGUUAGUGUCAGGCUUAACUUACCACCAGAAUAUCCUGCAUGCUGUGAGUUCUUCGACUAAUUUGAUGUUCGGAGUAAAUACAACAUCUGGGUAUCUUCUUUACUCACGAAAACUUCCUACCUUACAACCUUUUGCAAUAACUUUGUAUGACAACGAGCCCCCAGUUACCUUUAACGAUCCAUGUUCAACGCUAAACUGUCAGCACAUGUGUGUCAACACGCAAUCAGGACCUAAAUGUUUGUGCUCAGAAGGUUUUGAUCUCAAUAGUGAUAACAAAACCUGUACAGAUGCCUCCAUCUUUUAUGCAAAGGGCUUCAUCGUUAGCAACGCCUCAAUGUUUGUCAUGCAUGAAAUAAUUGCAAACGGCCAGAAGGUGCAAGAUAACAUCAUUAAAUACAUACCCGGUACCAUUAUUGAGUCGUUUGCUAUUGAUUCAAAUUUAGACAUCAUUUACUUGGUGGAUGGCAAAAGUAGUUCGUUAAAAAAAUAUAACAUCAGAUCAAAUCAAUUGAUCACUUUAACCUCGAUUUCGGCUUCAACAGAUUUGAUUUUUGACUGGAUAGCAAAUCUCCUUGGAUGGAUAGAACCCAGGCUGUCAAGCAUACAGUCUUUUUCAGUCAACUCGCAGAUCACAGACACCAUAUAUUCUAGCCUUCAAAACCCCGAGUCUUUAACCGUAGAUCCAUACACUGGUGAACUAUAUUGGAUUGUUGGGGCCCCCGAGAAGUCGAUUGUUCGUGGAUCCUGGACCAGGAAUGCGCCAAAAGUUUUGAUAUCGGCAGCAAACCUAAAUUCCCCGAGAUCUUUACAAUUUGACGUCACUAGUCAAAGGCUCUACUGGCUGGAGCACACAUUUAUUAAAAGCUCAAACGCAAACGGUUCUGAUAUCAAAAGCCACAUCAACACAAAAGGAGCAAAAAAGAUCUUCGCAUACAAGGGUUACUUUGUUUGGAUAAAUGAGGAUGAUCUUCACUUCCAUAUUGCCAAUACCUUUCAAGCGGAGUAUACAUUACCGACAUUACAAAACCCGAGAGAUGCUGCUGUAUUUGAUUCUUCUUUGCAAGAUGACAAAAGAGGUACCUGUCAUAUUCUAAAUGGAGGAUGCGAAGAAAUCUGUCUUCCAGUAGAAAAUGGUCGUAGAUGUGAGUGCGAUAUCGGCCUAAAACUUCAACCUGAUCAGAGCUGUGACAGCGAUUUAUUUUCAUCAAACUUUAUAUUAGUAACCGACUUCUCCCAUGGACGAAUUCUACAAAUUGAUCUUCAGAACGGAACCGUAGUAAAACUACCGCUAUCAGUAAAUAAAGCAACAGGAUUAGCAUUUGAUAAGUCGACGAUGAAACUCUUCUUUUCUGAUAAUUCGACAAAAACAAUAACUUCAACAGCGUUACACGGAAGAGAUACAGAAGUAUUCUACACACCAGGCUUUGCUUACGCUGCAAGUCUAGACAUCGAUUACUCUACGGGGAAUCUGUACUACACUGCUGUAGGACCGACUGCAUCUCAGAGUUACAUUGGUGUAGUUCACAGAACCACAGCAAUCCACAAGACUCUACUUAACAACAUGGGCAUCCCACAUGAUAUAACUCUCUGUCCUUCAAAAGGAUAUUUCUUUUGGACGGAAAUUGGAAACAAGACUAAAAUUGGUAGAGCAAUUAUGGACGGAACAACCCCAACCUACAUUGCAACAAGAGGAAUAGAAAUGCCAAAUGGCUUAACUGCGGAUUGUUCGGCAAGCCGGUUGUUUUGGACAGAUGGGUUUUUAAAUCGCAUAGAGUUCUCCAACUUCAAUGGUGAAAAUCGUCAUGUUCUGGCAUCUGACAGUGACGCUUUUAUCAAUGAUAUUGUGAUUCAAGGAAGGUACAUAUUCUACACUGCAUGGAAUCGACAAAGUAUCACUAAAAUUGAUAAGAUAACGGGAUCAACAGUUCAAUUUAUGUCAGAUCAUCCAGAGUUUGGACGACUUGACAGCUUAGAUAUAUAUGCAGAUGAAAUGCGAGACGUAAGUUCAAACUGUUCUAUCAAAAAUGGAUUAUGCAGUACGUUCUGUUUUCCGACUCCAACUGGAAGAACAUGCGGUUGUCAAGACAAUGUUAAUCUCCAAUCAGAUCAAGUAACAUGUGAAGGAGUGGUUCGAUGUCAAACUCUGCAGCGGAAUUUGAAUUUUACUGAUUGCCUUCCCUAUCCCGGACAGUCAUGUAACGUCAAUUGUAAGACUGGAUAUCAACUAGUUAUCAACAGAACUGUUUCAUGUGGAUCUGAUGGGCAGUGGAUACCUUCAACAGACACAAUUUGUAAAGGGAAAGAGUCCACCUCUGAGGCAAGACAGUCGGGUAUGAUUUACAUUUACAUGAAUGCUGUGUUGUCUGCAGUUGGUGCUAUUGUUGUUUCCAUGGUUAUAGUGGGAUUCACAUGUCUGAUGAAAAGAAAAAUCAAUAACACAAGAAAAACGGCUAAAACGUCCUCCUCGAACACAAGACAUGACACUACAUCUACGUUCGAGAGUCAUGGAUAUACCAGUGCUGAAGAGGAACAUUACCAUACCAUAGAUCCUGUCUAUGAUACAAUGCAUGAUGGGUAUAACGAACCAAGGAACCCUUACCUUGUUGUAUUAGAAUAAAAAUGUGAUUACUAGUGAAAGAAAAAGGUCGAUGAAAAAGGCAUUUUCAAUAUAGAAAAUGUUCCAGUUUACACCAAUUGAAAUAUGAACUUGUUUAAAACAUUUUUAAAAUAGAGAAAGAAACACCCUUAAAUACGGGAGAGAAGAGGAUUUACUUUUGUUUUGUACACUUUGUCUAUUUAGAAUGUCUAAAAGAAUAAAUGUUGGACUUUCUCAUACAAA